UUGUAUUGGUCGCCUUGUCACCAAGAAGAAUAUAACUCGGCAAACUGCAUAUACGGUGCACGCACAUAACUUCUCACUGAGAAUAUUUACGUUUUGACAUUGUAUUUCGUUCACAAUCAAAGUAUUACAUACCGCCGGGGAGUUUGGGAUACCGACGAAUCCUUAGGCCACAACUUGUACUUUCUGAACUUUUGUGAAUCUAAUCUUUUUCAUCCGAAGCAUCAUGUGACACGAUCGCGCGAUCAGCCAUGAGGGCAUCAACUACUCCAUUCUGGGCCCCACCCUCCUGGAUCUGCAGCUGAUCCUGAAGCAGGACAUCGACACCCUCGCCACCAUACCCCUGAGCAGCGGGAUUGGGGAGACAUCGGGAAUGUUUCUGGCCUUGGCACUCUCUAAAUACGGACAGAAACGCCUUCAGCUGGGCAUUUCUCUACUGCUAGCGUCAGUAGUGAUCACCAUUAUUCCCGUUGUGCCCAAUUUCAUCUACGUGGAUGUCAUGUUCGCACUGUCGGGCUUCAUCUCGGCAAUACCUUCCUGUUUUCUGAUGGAUGUGUGCAGUGACUUGUGGAAGGACAAGGGCACCUCCUUUCAGUUCAUCCUGGUCGGCAGUUCCCUGGGCGCCAUUCUCACUCCUCUGAUAGUGGAACCGUUCUUAUGUCAAGAUGAUGUAUCAAAAGUAGCAAACUUUACCAGCCACAGAUUUUCACCUACUCUGCUGGAUUUGAAGCUCGUGGGAGUGACUUCUGUAAAUGGCUCAUGCUCAAUGGAAGAUCUGGUUCUGGCUGAGAAGAUGUGUGCCAACGUCUCUCGACAUUUUGAAGCAAAUGAUCCUGACCAAACACAGGGACAAUUUGUUGUUGACCAUAUAGGUGUAAAUGUACAGCACACCUGUCCGUGUACCUCCCUGGUCUCAAUGUCAUAUAUUUCUGUUGACUGCAAAUCAAGCGUGAUAAAUGACGUUAACGAGAAUAGAGAUUAUUGCAAUUGGCAAAUGGCUUGUGGCAUGCAAGGGAAUAAAGAUAUUAACAGUUAUAACACAACAGAGGGAAAUAUACAAAACCUUAGAUCUGCGUGUUGCCGGUUACUAAGUGCGUUGGAUGAAUGCCGAGCUAAUUUCAGAGUUGCGGACAAUGGAACAGAGUCUUGUACAGAAAGUGACACUAAUGUGCGUAAUGCUUAUGUCGCCAUGGGGUUUGUUUUGUUGCCAAGUUCAUUCGCUUUUUUCUACUUUUGGUGGAAGAGGGAUGCCUCUUCAGCUUCUGUGAGCAUAACAGAGGAGGAAAUCCAUGAUCGCAAUGUAGGUGGUGGCCUUCAAGGGAAGAUUCAAAUUGUGAUAUUUUAUACCGUUUUGUUUUUAUCUUACUUCCCUGUAACAGCACUGACAAUUACAUUUACUACUUACCUGACAGCAUUCGGUGUUGAGGGGAGUUUACAGCUCCCAAAGUCUACAAUGGUGUACAUGACAUCUGUGUUCUGGAUCUCCACUCUGCUGGGUCGAAUCGUCAGCACAGCAUUGACACCACUGUUGGGACAUGCUAAAAUAAUCAUCGGUAAUUUUGUAGGUUUAGUUGUGGCGUCAGUUCUACUCAUAGUCGUGGCGCCGUAUUACGAGUCCAUGUUGUGGUUGAGCACUGUUCUGUUAGGGGUGUUUGCCUGUCCCUAUGAGGGUGCGGGGAUAGCAUGGGCCGCUGACUAUGUCGGAAUGUCUCCACAACUUGUAGCCCUUUCAUGGAUAUCUGCGUCCGCAGGGAACCUAGCCUUUCCGUUUGUAGGAGGAAUAAUGUUUACAGACGUUGGGCCAUCCGCGUUUUUGUUUCUUCUUUGUGGUAUCAAUAUUUUCAUGGUGUUAAUGUUUAUCAUGUUAAAUAUCCAGGUGUGGUGGAAAGGUUUCAAAAUUAAAACCGAACCCUGAUUUCAACGGCCAUUUACAUUUCUUAAGAAAAAGCAAGUUCUUGGAUAAAAGAGUCAGAGCUAAUCAAUCAUGAACGGUAAUAGGGAGCGUUGAGUAUAUGCUGUCAAAUGUGUCGUGUGAUAAAUUUUGAAUUUCUAGAACUUGCAACGAAUAUGAAAAAUGACAUAUAUAUAUAUAUUGGAAAUGAAACUAUUUAAGUGGCAAUACAUAAUCAGUAACCA